AUGGUAGGUCCCUGUCCGAAGGCUUCAUCUGUGUUGGGUCUAAAGUCUUGUGAUUGGGUUCCUAAACUUGAAGAUGUUGUCAGAUGGCUUGGGUUAGUGCUGGAUGGAGACAUCUCUUCACUGGUGUUGCAUCCAGAAUUUCAUGAAGAGCUGAAAUCUAUAGAGGGAUUUGCUUCUUCUCUAUCCUCAGUAGCUAAACUCGGUUGCACUAUAGCAAAUUUCAUUGAGAAUUUGAGAACCGAAAGUAAAGAAUAUGAUGAAGGUGAUUGGGAUUGUUCUUGUGAUGAUGGAAAGUAUGUAGUGCAUGAACCAACUAUUGUUUCCAUCCCUCUUGUAAAAGAAAAGGUUGUGUAUCAGUCUAUAAAGCAAGCUCAAAUGAAUAUUGAUCCACCAUAUUUGAUUGAUCCAUCUGUCAUAGAUCAUCAACCUACUGAAAUUCUUAAACAUAAUGGCAUUGUUGUUCUCAAAGAAACAAAAGGCCAACUUUGUCUAGUGAUUAUGUUGUGUUUAUAG